AUCUUACUCCUAUCUCUUGUUUUCUCUCUCUACGGGGCUGUUGUUCGUUCCCCAGAUUUUCUAUCUCAUUCCCUGAAAGGCGAGAACUUUCUCUCUCUUUCUCUGUACAGAUCCUUUCUCCACUAGGCCUGUCUGGGAGCUGUCGCUGCGAUUAGAGAGCGCAGAGAGGAAAGAGGAGGAAGGAGAAGGGGAAUGGAAGGUCAUACCUCGAAGCUAACGCGCGCGCCUUCCUCCCUGCUCCGUUCCCCAACCCUUCGCUCCUCUGUACACAGCCUCGCCGCCCUUGAUUCUGCGGGAUCCGAUCCAGAAGAGAUCAAACCCCAUUCUCCGCCUCCAUCGGCCUCCGUCGCCGCGGUUUCCACAGGAGGAAAUUCCGGCCACCGUCUCGCCUUCUUCUCCUUUCUCCUAACCAUCUUCCUAAUCACCCUCUCUUUCUUCUACCUCCGCGACCAGUCUCCCUCCCUCUGGAAUCUCUCCCUUGCCUCCGCUGCAGUCGCUGCCGCCUCCCUGAUACUCAAAAGAACUCGCUUUUCUCUCUCCCGGCGCCGCCGCAGCCGGAGCGAUUCGGUGCGGUGGUUCAUCGGCGAUGACGAAGGCGACGUGGAGAAUCCGCGACCUAAAAUAGGGGGAAAAACCGUGAGAGAAGGGGUUGAAUUUUACAGUAACGGGGAUUUCUACGAAGGGGAAUUCCACAAAGGGAAGUGCAGUGGAAGCGGUGUUUACAAUUUCUUCGGGCAGGGGAGAUACGAGGGCGAUUGGGUCGAUGGAAAGUAUGAUGGUUAUGGAAUCGAACGGUGGGCUAGAGGGAGCCGGUAUCGAGGCCAGUAUCACCAUGGCCUCCGCCAUGGAUUUGGGGUUUAUAGGUUUUAUAACGGAGAUAGCUAUGCAGGCGAGUGGGUCGGCGGGCAGAGCCAUGGGCGAGGGGUACAGAGCUGCUCUGAUGGAAGCUGCUAUGUUGGGGAGUUCAAGUUCGGGGUGAAGCAUGGAUUAGGGUUUUACCAUUUCAGAAAUGGCGAUAAAUAUGCGGGCGAGUACUUUGGUGACAAGAUCCAUGGUUUUGGUGUAUAUCACUUUGCUAAUGGCCAUUGUUAUGAGGGGUCAUGGCAUGAAGGAAGGCGGCAAGGUUUUGGGUCAUAUACCUUUAGAAGAGGUGAAGCAAAAUCUGGAGAAUGGGACUGUGGAACUCUGAAGAACCCUCUCCCUCUUGGAGAUCCCAACGUUCAACGGGCUAUGCAGGUAUAUGAAUAUACCCAAUUUCCAUUAGGAGGUCUGCCAGAAAAGCUUCUGAGAAAUCGAUUCUCCUACCUCGGGUUGAAGAGCAAGUAAACAAAGCAGUUAAUGCUGCCAAUAAAGCGGCCACCACAGCUAGAGUAGCUGCUAUCAAAGCUGUGGAAAACCGAAUGAAUGGAAAGUUUUGCAACACAGAAGUCUGAAGUGAAUGAAGAACAAUACAAGUAAUCCAUCCGUCAUCUAAUUGUGUAUAUUUAAGCUUAUUUUGUUUUCUCAAUAUUUUCAGCGCGUUAGUGAUCUCUUUGGCAAACAUCUUGCUGAUCGCUGUGAGUUUGAAGGUUAGAAGAAGGGAUGAAAUACUAACAAUUCUCCCCUUCUCAGUAAGAUGUACAUAAAUCCAAAUGUGUGCUUUUUGAAUCAUACAAGGGUUUUUUUUCCUCAAAUGGAAUGAUGCCAAGCAGGCAUGUAAAUGAGCCAUGUUUAAGUGAGCUCAAGUGUUGUUCUGCUCGAUUUUGUUAAGCAAGCAAGCUAAUUUUUUUUAUAAUAUUUGUAUUAAAUAGUUUUUUUAUUAGUUUUAAA